AUGUCAUCCCCGGAUAUCGCGCCGCGCAAUAUCAUUCUCGAUGCGGAGGGAAAGGCAUGGCUGAUUGAUUUGGGCUGCGAGGAUCAGUUUAAGGAGUUUUGCGACGAGGUCUGCGAGAGGAUUUCAAGUUAUCCGGAGGUAGAGAUGCAGAGGUUGAGUAUUGCGUAUGGACUUACUACUGCGGCGCUGGCGUAG